AUGUCUCGCCGAUCCGACUCAGGCGCCCCCUCUUCUGAUGCAAUGAAAGAUACCGGCUCGGCGCCUGAUGUUCUGUCGGUGUUGGAGAAACAUUUUUCCCCAGAUCCCCUUCGCGAGUCGGGCGGAUGGACGCCUCACGCCAGGAAUCAGGCUCCUGGAAAGGAUGAUGCGCCCAUUGCAGCUGUCACCUCGGAGGCGCCUACUAGGAAAGAACCCUUGAUCGAGGCAGAGGAGACUCCUCACCCGCAGGCGCCGACAACAGAUGUUGCACCCGAUGCGGCGGCGCCAUCAAACCCCGCACCGAGUAAGUGGUUCUAA